GUCAGUAACGCAACAUCGCUCCUAACGAUAUGCCGCCUGCUAUUGAAGAAAACUCGAGCGAUGAUGAAUGGGCUACCGAAGAACUCGUAAUUCCUGCUCAUCUGAAAAGCAACGCGGAAGAAGGCGAAGAACACUCACAGUCAAUUGACAUUCAAUCCGAUGUCGACGAAACAGAAGAAUGGAAGGCCGCGUCAAUCCAUGCCAACAGAGAAAAGCCAAUCGAAGCAUCUGAAAAGAAUAAAGUUCCUGGCGAGCCGAUGGUUAUUGCCGAUUUAACCAUGCUCAGCAAUUGUGGAAUCCACUCCAAGUUUGACCAUCAUUCUGUCAACGACUCAGAAGCGUCAUCGAAACUGCGUAAGCAGAUAGAGCAAAAUUAUAGGGAAUACUCUCUUCGGCAAGAGUACUUGGCAAACGGUUCAAUUGUUCCUUGUGGAUCUAGCGUUUGGCGAUCAGCACUGGUUGAGCUACGACAAGAUCGACCAGGCCACUAUUUUGCUCCCAUUUUUCCUCCGAAAAGAGACGAGGAACGACCUUAGUGAGACCUUGUUCGCGAUUCUCAAGCUCAACGUAUUUUGCGAUAUCCUCACGUAUUGGUCGCUGCCAGUUGCAAGAUAUGACGUCACAUUCGAAAUCGCAUGCUUUGCUUUGAUUAGAUAUCGCAAAUGCGCACAAAUCCGAAAGCAUUCGAUGUUGCCUGUCGCAGUCAAUGAAACAGAAACAUAGCCUCUUGCUGGUCUACCCUCGCUGUUUCGGCGGUCGAGUACGCGUCUUGAAUCCAUAGUUGAUAAAGCUGUUAUUUCUUUAGAUGGGCAAAACGAUUCGCCCUUUAGUAGUGUCAAAGCAAGCCAAGUC